AUGAAAAAAUAAUAUGGCAAUUCAUUUAUUUUAGACACUUCAAUAGUAACUUAAAUUAAUUAUACAAGGGCAUGAACAAUACAAUUUAUUUAAGUCCUAAUACAAAAAAACCUAUUACAAACAGUUUUUCAGUUAAAACAGAUUUAUAUGAUCAAAAUUUGUAAUGUAAUGUAUUUCUAUUCCUAUCAAUUGUUCAUGGAAAUCAUUAACUAAAUAAAUUAUUUAUUUAAAGAUGCGGAAAUAAAGAUAAGUUUUUGUAAAUGUUUGACACUUUUUAAUAUUCUGCUUUACUUACAAAAGUGCUUCAGAUAAUUAAUUAAUAUUUUACAGAAACACAGACAUAAUGUUUUGAAUAAUAUCCUAGUAGUAAUAAUAAAUCAUGGUAUUCUUCUGAUUAAAAAUACACCCCAAAAUAAGGAAGUAACGAUAAAUUUUAAUCAAUGAUAAAAAAAAUAAUUACAACAGAUCUAGAUCCUUUAAAAUCCUUGAUCAAUAGAGUUUAGGAAUAAAAUUAAAGUUAGUAACAAUCCUCAACUAAAAUUACAUCAUCAGCAUCGAAUCUUUCUAAUAAACUGAGUGAGAAAUUAAUGAAAACUAAUAUACUUAAGGAUUAAUUGAAAGAAAAAAUAACAAAAUUAGCUAUGUAGAAUAGUUACAACUAUUAGUAUAAAUUAAUUAAAACAGAAACAGAUGCUUCUUAAACUUAUUCUGCACAUGUUAAAGAUACACCAAGUUAAACAAAUACAUAAUAAGAAUCAAUUUUACAUAAACCAAAUAGAAUCUCUUUUGGAUAACAAUAAUUGUUUAAUAAUUCAUAAAAUGACGAUUAGAUUAUUGAAUAUUAAAAAAAUGGAAAAAAUUAAAAAACAUUAAUUGAAUCUUCUCCUACAUUUCUACACCAUUAAUAAAAAGAUAACGUUAUAUAAACAUCAGAAACAUAAAUAAAUUUAUAAAAUUGCAAUAAUCAAAACGAAGAUUAAAGCAAUGAUAAUUCUUUGGAUUUGACACCAGAUAAAUCUAGAAGAUUCGAAGGAACGUUUGGUAAAGUUAAAAAUAGAGAACUUAAAAAUAAAAAAAAAUCUAAUAGUGUUUCUGGUAAUGUGUCACCAUAAAGAAGUGACAGACAUAAUCAUGAAGUCAUUUCGAUCGAUUAAAUCUAACAUAAAAGAAAAAUUAGUAUUAAUAGUGUAAAUAGAAGAUAUAAUAUAUUAACAAAUGAAUAAUUGGAAUGA